GCGGCGGGGCCGCGCCGCUUGUGGCGCAGUCGGAAUUGCGGCGGGCGCCGCCGGGCCCAGCGGGCAGCGCGGGGCAGGGGAGGGGCGGCGGGGAGGGGGCGAUGCCCCGGGUUAUUUUUACCCGGGCGGCUCAUCCUCUCCGGCAGCCCCGGCGCGGCCCCCGCUGCCGCUCCCCGCCCCGGCUCCGGCGGCGCCGCCUAUAAAGCGCCGCCCGCGGGGAGCCGAGGAUGCAGCUCUACAGCUCCGUGAUCACCCACUACCCCGCGGGCGGGACGGCCCCUCCGAGCGCCGCGGCCGUUUUCAAGGUCUCCGUGCCGCCGGGACCCCCCUCUGCCGACGCAGCGAGCGACGCCGCAGGGCCGAGCCCCAGCCCGACCGCCGAGAGCCCCGCCAAGGACGGCCCGAGCCCGGGGGGCCCCGCCGCCGCCGCCAUGCCCGCCUUCUCCUCCUGCCUAGAGGUGAUGCCGAGCGGCCCCGCCGCCGCCGCCGGCCCGCAGUACAGCUCCUGCGCGCAGCUCACCGUCAGCCGCCGCCGCCCGCUGGAGCGCGUGGUGCCCAUCCGCCUGCUGCCCCGGCCCGAGCCCGCUCCGCACGGCCGCGCCUGGCUGGAGGGCGUCGUGCAGAGCGGCGCCGAGGAGCCCAGCAACCGCAGCCUACGGCUCAGCGAGCACUGCCAGGCGCUGCAGGCCGCCGCCGCCGGCCAGCCCGGCCCGCAGCCGGAGCGCGGUGGGGAGGACGAGGAGGGCGGCGGCGCGGCCGGGGCGCGGCGGGCGGAGCGCAGCGAGAAGCUGGCGCUGUACCUGGCCGAGGUGGAAAAGCAAGACCGGUACCUGCGGCAGAAGGGCCGCUUCCGCUUCCACAUCAUCCCCGACGGGAACUGCCUGUACCGCGCCGUCUGCAAGGCGGUGUACGGGGACCAGCGGCUGCACGGCGAGCUCCGCGAGCAGACGGUGCAUUACAUCGCCGACCACCUGGACCACUUCGGCCCCAUCAUCGAGGGCGACGUCGGGGAGUUCCUCAUCGCCGCCGCGCAGGACGGCGCCUGGGCCGGCUACCCCGAGCUGCUGGCCAUGGGGCAGAUGCUGAACGUCAACAUCCACCUGACGACGGGCGGGCGGCCCGAGAGCCCCACCGUUUCCACCAUGGUUCACUACUUGGGGCCCGAGGACCCGACGCGGCCCAGCAUCUGGCUGAGCUGGCUGAGCAACGGCCACUACGACGCCGUGCUGGACCGCGUCUGCCCCAACCCCGAGUACGAGGCCUGGUGCAGGCAGACUCAGGUGCAGCGCCGGCGGGACGAGGAGCUGGCCAAGUCCAUGGCUGUGUCCCUCUCCAAGAUGUACAUCGAGCAGAACGCCUGCUCGUGAGGCUGCCCGGGAGCAGGGCUGCAGGGACAGAUGGACGGAAGUGCGCUGGCCGUGAUGGUGAUGCCUUAAUCCUUAAUGAAGCAGCAGCACCCCGGACUGAGACGAGCGGUAGAUCGUGGGGGAUAAUUCCAGGCGUGUUUGUAGUAUUCUGUUGUAGAAACUUAGCCUCGGAUUAUUUGCCAGCAGGUUCUCUGUGUAUGUUUGUGUCUCCCCUCCUCACCGUUUCUCUAUUUUCUAUGAGAAUGUAUUUUUUGCACAUUUUUAAACUGUUACGUCCGUCUUUUACAUCUCAUGUUAGUAUCUGGCUUUGAGCUGCAUAGCCAAAAACAUUUGUAACAAUUUUUGUAAAUAAGGCUUAUGAUGUAACAGCUAUUUUUUGCUGUGUUUUUUACCCAUAAACCUUAUAUUUUUACCAAAUGAAGCCAAUGUCAAGCGACCCUCCCAAACUGGUGAAAGAAACUUGGGUAUUCUUUGCAAAACAAUAGUUUUUGUUCAAGUGCGGCAAAGUAGGAGAAGACUGCUUUCAGAACAGUUGGUUUCUCUGCCUCGAGUGCAGAACAGGUCCUCUGAGCCGGCUGGAAUGCAGCUCCAUGUGCACCGCGUGGGGAGCAAUUGACUCUUCUGUAUUUAAUUACUGUUUUGAGUAAACUGGCCUCUCGUUGCCUGGUUGGCUCACCCUCUGCGCCGUUUAUGUUAUUUAUCUGUAAUAACAGAACAUUAACUUGCAAUAGAAUGUUGUGACUAGAUAAUAGCCUACCGCUUUGGCAGUAAUUGCCUUGGCUGCACCUCGGUGUUUGUGUUCCUGUUUCUGGGGUUAUGGUGUCUUUUGUAUGAGCCCUGCUUCUGUUUUGGCGCUUGUAUUGCACCAACAAAUCAUUAUCUGAUCACAACAUUUUAUUCAUUGGAUGUUAUUUUCUAAAUAAGAAAUCAGGAAUGGUAUUCUGCGUUUAAAAAGUAUUUAAAUUGAGAUUUGUAUGGUUUGCUGGGUCAAACAUUUAAAUGUUUCCAACCUAAAUUCUGUUUCUUCUACUUUCUGAUUAACUUGUUAGAUAUAUUUAUUAAGUACUGCAGUUUGUACUUUUUUAUUUUGUAAUAUAUUGUGAUUUUGGAAUUUAUACAGUAUUUGUAUAAUAGGAAUAUUCUCAGCUAAAAUGGAAUGAAUAAAGAAUAUAAUUUUA